CUCCAAGACACUAAAAUUAAGCUGAAGAGAGAGGUCCCAGCAGUACUAUGGAUCUGGCAGCUGUGAGCACCUGCCUUCCUGAUGCAUUGCAGGGACUUGAGAGUGAGUGUUACAGGGUGGCUGCUACUGCCACUACUUGCAGGAGAGAAGAGGGCUCAGGGUGUGAUGAUUGGCACUGCAAACUCCUGCAGUCCUAGGAGGGCACAGAGAAACUAUGGAGUUGAGCCAGAUUAGUGCUCCCAGAUGCAGCAACACUUCUGAGCUUCAAAGGUUGCUUCCUGCACUGAGGAGGUUCAUUUGUGAUGCCAGGUACAGCCAGACACAGUGAAUCUCCUGAGAUACCCAGGGAAAUUUCUGCAAUUUCAAUUCAUGGAAUAAGGCACUUAAUUCAGUGAUGUGACAUAUUACCUACUGAUAAAGUUCAGAGCAACCUUGGGCAUUCUGUGGCAGGGAGUUCCAUGAAUAUCUGCACUGCACGUGGGCUGCUGAAUGAAUUUCCCAGGCCCCAUCGAAAGAUGACUCCCGCGGGCAUGAGUCCAUGCAGAAGUUAAGUCUGCAGUUCCAGAGAAGAAAACCUGCCGACCACCCCGGGCUCUCGACCCUCCAACUCUGCCAGUCCAGCCUGGUCCUUACGAGACAGCUCAACCGCGAGAGGAUCUCUCGAUAGAGGAGAGGCCCCCAUGGAGCCAUGUUCCUGUUUGUCCCUCCAGGUCCACUGUGCCUCAUGGGACUAGAUGGGUUUGAUAUUGUCCUAAAUUUUCCACCAUCUGCUAGCAUCCACAAACUCUCCUUGAUUUCCCACACCUGCCCUUACCUAACACACAGUUAAUGUGGUGAUUUUACCUGUGGCUUGUUCAGCUGUCAUGUCCCCAGUAUCAAUGUGUUUUUUUCUCCUCCCCUCAGCUCCAGAUUGCUAACUGAUCCUGCAAGGACACUGUCCCCUGCCCUCUUCCCUGCCUCUGCUAUGGACACUUCUGCUUUUAGCCUCCCCACGCCGGCAGUGUUGGAGGAGGGGAAUGCCUCCAGUAGCUGGGCAGGCUUCACUAGCCCCAACAGCUCCUCCACCGUCAGCCCUGGUGUAGUUGUCAGCGGUGUCCUCAUCCCCGUGGUGUACCUCAUUGUCUGUGUGGUGGGGUUGGCUGGGAAUUCCCUGGUCAUUUAUGUGGUCCUGCGGCACUCCGUGAGCGAGUCGGUGACCAAUGUGUACAUCUUGAACCUGGCCCUGGCUGAUGAGCUCUUCAUGCUGGGCCUGCCCUUCCUGGCUGCACAAAAUGCCCUGUCCUACUGGCCCUUUGGUUCUUUCAUGUGCCGCCUGGUGAUGGCCGUGGAUGCCAUCAACCAGUUCACCAGCAUCUUCUGCCUGACGGUGAUGAGCGUUGACCGCUACCUGGCUGUGGUCCAUCCAGGGAAGUCCUCCAAAUGGAGGACAGCACGGGUGGCCAAGGCCGUGAGUGUAACCGUGUGGGUGCUGUCUUCCAUAGUGGUGCUGCCUGUGGUUGUCUUCUCAGAUGUCCCUUUAGGGAUGAGUACGUGCCACAUCCAGUGGCCAGAGCCCGUCUCAGUGUGGAGAGCUGGAUUCAUCGUCUACACUGCUACCCUGGGCUUCUUUGGACCACUGCUGGUGAUUUGUCUCUGCUAUCUCCUGAUUGUUGUGAAGGUUCGCUCCUCUGGCAGACGGGUGAGGGCUCUGUCCUCCAAGCACAAGCUUUCAGAGCGCAGAGUGACCCGCAUGGUAGUGACUGUGGUGGCUGUCUUCGUCCUUUGCUGGCUUCCCUUCUACGUCCUCAAUAUAAUCAACGUUGUCUGCCCUCUGCCAGAGGAGCCAUCCCUCUUUGGAGUGUACUUCCUUGUGGUGGUGCUGCCGUAUGCCAACAGCUGCGCCAACCCCAUCAUCUAUGGCUUCCUCUCCUACCGCUUCAAGCAGGGCUUCCACAGAGCCAUCUUCAGGCCAUCCCGCCGAGUUCAGAGCCAGGAGGUGCCAGCAUGCCCCCCCGAGAAGAUUGAUGACGAAAGGGAAGAGGGUGAGAUCAGCAAGAUCACCCGGAAUGGAAAUGACCGGCAGGAGUGCCCUCUAAGUAGUGAAGAAGGAAAAAGCAAUGAGCAAAAACCACUCCCUGAGGAUCCUGCGGGAUGUGAGAAGAGCAACAAGUUGCAUGUCAGUUAUUUAUGAUGAAAGGGGUGGUGCAGGGGAAAGAGACAUCGGGACAUGGGAUCCCCUUCACCUUCUCUGCUUUCAAAGGCAAUGGGAGACAUCGAUGCAAGGGAAUAAUAAAGUCUGAGGGUAUGCUUAAAGGUGAAUAGGGCUCCAUGAUCUUGUGGAAAAGCAAGGCAUUGUUCUUGGCUUUGGAAGAGACACCUGAGGUUUGUGUGGUCCCAGUGUUACCAGAAAUCAGUAAAAAAUAAAACCGCCUUAACACUAAUGUAACAUUAAGAAGAAGGCAUUAUUUAUUUGGCUGG